CUCAACAUUAUUGUCAGCUGUCAAGUGUCACCUGUGUUUAUUUCUUUUUUUUUGAAAAUUGGAUUGAAUUCAAUUGCAUGUCGUUAAAUAUUUCGUCUUAUUCCCUAUCUAGGAUUUAUUUAUGUAAAACCUGAAUACUUAUAAUAAUAUUGCACCAAAGUAUAUAUAAUUCCUGAAUGAACAAUAAUUUAUGGUAAAAUAAUGACUGGUGAAGAAGAAAAACCUUGUUUUAAGAGAGAAAAUAAGUUUAUCGUAAAGAGUGGUUGUAAGAAACGAAUGUGGAGAUCUCUCAAGCAGAUUUUGACUGCGGAGCGUACACUGCUCUGGCCUAACGAAGCUGUUUUAUAUUAUUCAAUUAAUGCCCCGCCAACAUUCAAACCUACCAAGAAAUAUUCGGAUAUAUCUGGGUUACCAGCUCCAUAUGUAGACCGUCACUCAAAACUUUUUUAUGCAAAUGUUGAAGAAUUUGCUACCGUUAGAAGUUUACCAAUGGACAUUACCGCAGGCUAUUUACAGCUGCGUGGAGCAAAUAACCUUGUAGGCUGAGGGACUAAUAAACUAAUGUAAAUCAAAUUAAUGUUACAGUAUAUUUUGCAUAUAAAUUGUACUUUCAUUUUGAUAUUUAUUAUUUUUGUAGUGAGUGAGUAAAGGUAGCUUAAGAUGCAAGGUUUGGGAUAAUGAUAAUGAAAUAAAAAAAACACAUUGCAAUUUUUUUUAUUAAUAAAAUAUAUUUACCCGUGAUUCCGACUUGAUGUUAAUUUCAUUCACAUGCAGGGCUGAAGCGUAAUUAUACAAAUAAUAAGAAAAUUAAAUCUCAGGUAUUUUUCUUUAACUGUUAGUAAAUAAUUCAUAGAAUAAUCAACAAAUAUGUAACCAAUAAUAUUGUUUAUGUAUGCAUAUUUUUGUAUAUUAAGUUAAAACAUUAAACUAUAUUAUAUUUUUUAAA